UUAUUGAAUGAAAAAAGGAAAAGACAUACACACAGUAGGAUUUCCACACAUACAUGCAACUUGUAAUUCCCAAUAAAAACCGAUAGAUGUGAUCCUCCACAAAACACAUAAGUAACAUUCCCUAGCUCCCCCUGUCUCCAAUUAAUGCUCAUUAAUUAGCCUUAGCCACAAAACAAAAACGAUGUUUUCCACAAGAGACAUGCCUUCCCCAUCCUCAAUUUUCUCAGCCUACGCCUCCAUGACAGCUUCCAUCAUGCUUCUGCGUUCCAUGGCCAACGAACUCGUUCCCCAACCCAUUCGCGGCUACCUUUACAACACGUUCGGUUACCUCAUAAGGCCUCGUUCCCAAACCCUCACCCUCAUCAUCGAAGAGUCCACCGGCAUAGCCCGUAACCAAGUCUACGACUCCGCGGAGGCCUACCUCUCCACACGUGUCAGCCCCGAAAACGAGAGACUCAAGAUCAGCAAGAGCGCAAAAGAGAAGAAACUAACCGUUCGGUUGGAGAAGGGCGAGAAGGUAGUCGACUGCUUCAACGGCGCGUGCUUCAAAUGGAGAUUCAUCUGCGCUGAGUCCGAGAAGAACAACCCCAACGAUCAUAGCAACAACAGCAUCUCCGUACGGUCCGAAAAACGGUCUUUUGAGCUGAGCUUCCCGAAGAAGUACAAGGAAAUGGUUUUGGACUCUUACCUGCCCUUCAUUCUCGACAAGGCCAGGGAGAUGAAGGACGAGGAAAGGGUCUUAAAGAUGCACACUCUCAACACCUCCUACUGUUACAGUGGAGUCAAAUGGGACUCCAUUAAUCUGGAGCAUCCCUCAACUUUUGAGACGCUGGCGAUGGAGCCGGAGCUGAAGAAUGCGGUGAUAGAGGACUUGGAUAGGUUCGUGAAGAGGAAGGAGUUUUAUAAGAGGGUUGGGAGGGCGUGGAAACGUGGCUACUUGCUGUAUGGGCCUCCUGGUACUGGAAAAUCUAGCUUGAUCGCUGCUAUGGCGAAUUACUUGAAGUUUGACGUCUUUGACCUCGAACUUGGGAGCAUAGUGAGAGAUUCUGACCUCAGGAAGCUGCUUCUGGCGACUGCGAAUAGGUCCAUUUUGGUCAUUGAAGACAUUGAUUGCAGUGUGGAUCUGCCAGAGCGUCGGCAUGGGGAUCAUGGACGUAAACAAGCUGACGUGCAGGCUCACCGUGCAUCUGAUGGACGGAUGCAGUUGACCUUGUCUGGAUUACUGAACUUCAUAGAUGGGCUAUGGUCUAGUUGUGGAGACGAGAGAAUCAUCAUAUUCACCACCAACCACAAGGAGAGGCUAGACCCAGCACUGUUGAGGCCAGGAAGAAUGGACAUGCACAUUCACAUGUCCUAUUGCUCCUACCAAGGCUUCAAGAUUUUGGCCUCAAACUACUUAGAAACUUCCUCUGACCACCCCCUCUUUGGAGAGGUAGAGGGGCUAAUAGAGGACAUACAGAUAACCCCUGCGCAAGUGGCAGAGGAACUGAUGAAGAACGAAGACCCUGAGGCCACACUUGAAGGAUUCGUGAAGCUACUUAAGAGGAAGAAGAUGGAAGGUGAUGUGUGUGAAAACUCUACUCCUGAUAAAGCAGAACCUACUCGUCAGCAAUCUAAAAGGCGCAAGGUUGGUUGCAAGCAAAAACGAGGCAAGAGUAAUAGUGGUGUACAUGUCACCCAAAUAAGGACAAGAAGAAUGAGAGGGUGUAGUUUGUAAUCACCUGGUCAAAUAAGAUUGCUAAUUGGAGCUAUACUAUUUGUCUCCAAAAAUCAAUGUUUCUGAUGUGGUCUUCUGACUUUUGUUACUAUUAAUCAAUCAAUUGCUAAGAGGCUAGCUAACUACAUUUCCUGUCCAAACUUAAUUUGUGCUUGAACUUUCCUCGAUGUAUAUGAGGAGAAGAAGAGAAUGAAAGGAUAGGUCGUGUCAUUGCUUGUAUCAUUAAAUGAACAAUAUCAGUAUGUGCAUGUACUUGUGUA